UGGGUGAAGCGUUGCAUAUAAGAGCACAUUCCUGCUUGCUAGAGCAGUCCAUUUCCAAUGGCUUGCAUCGUCACAACUGAGGCAUAGUGAGGCGCAAUUCCUUUUCUAAACCUUCUCAUUAGUAGAAGGUUUUUUUAAUGCUCGAGAUCUUGGUCAAGUUGAACAAUUUCCUCUCCUCCUGUGUGACUGUGAAGUAUUUAUACCAGGGGGUCGUUUUAAGGAGAAACACCAUCCAUUUCAACGAAGCAUUACUCGUCUUGUGGAUUUUCUUCUUCCUCCCCGCUUCUAUGUCCUCAACAUCUUCUAUAUCCUCAACACGUCAUGUCUAUCAACUACCUGCAAAAUUAUUCCCCAAAUACAAAGCGGUGUUGAGAAAGAGGUAGGUGAGCUCGUUAGCUCGUCAUCUAGCUUUCAACG